AUGCGGAAUCAUAUGGCUCUUGGGUGGUUUUAUUCCCCCAGCCAGAUAGCCCAUUAUUUUGCCACGCGAAUCACCAGCUUAAAGCCUCCUCGGGGCAAACUGAAGAAUCCUUACACUACUAUAAAGCAACUGGACCGGCACCAGUGGCUUAUGUUUGCCGGUGGUUUCACGGCUUGGACUUGGGACGCCUUUGACUACUUCACCGUGAGCAUUACUAUGACAGCUAUUGCAGAGGACUUCAACGUCUCCUAUAAUUCUGUCUCCUGGGGUAUGACAAUCACACUUAUGCUUCGUUCCGUUGGCGCCCUGAUCUUUGGCUUCUUCUCUGAUCGUUACGGGAGAAAAUGGCCCAUGAUUAUCGAUUUGAUAUUUUUCAUCAUUCUCGAGGUGGCAUCUGGAUUCUGCCAGACCUUACCACAGUUUCUCGGGGUUCGCGCACUAUAUGGCAUCGCAAUGGGAGGUCUGUAUGGCCCCGCUGGAGCUACCGCCCUUGAGGAUCUUCCUUAUGAUGCCCGAGGUAUUCUCUCUGGUCUGUAUCAAGAAGGUUAUGCAGUUGGAUAUUUCCUCGCCGCUGCGUUCUACCGAGCCCUGGCAAUAAGCACCUCACACGGUUGGCGCACUCUGUUUUGGUUUGGUGCUGGACCACCUGUUCUCAUCAUCCUCUUUCGCUUGUGGUUACCAGAAACAAACCAUUUCCAAGUAAUGAAGGCAGAGCGCGAAGCACGAGAGCGUGCGAUGAUCGAGUCGGGCCAAGAAAUUUCAAAAUUCAAUCGCACCUUUCUCUCUGAGGUUGGUCAGGCGAUUAGACCUUAUUGGCUUCUCCUCGUCUAUAUUGCGGUUGUGAUGGCUGGAUUUAAUGGUGUUUCGCACGGCAGUGAGGAUUUAUACCCAACAUUCCUCGAGGACCAAGUUGGAAUGUCUGCCACAAACGAGACUGUUGUGACCAUUGUUGGACAAGUUGGGGCCUUACUGGGAGCUAUGUUGUUUGGAUACCUAAGCGCUUUCUUCGGUCGGCGUUUGACAAUGCUCGUCGCCUGCAUUUCUGGUGCUGCGAUUAUCCCAGCAUAUUUGUUUCUGGAACAAUUUUUUGUCGGCGCUGUAUGGGGACCUAUCCCUAUCCAUCUUAUGGAACUAUCUCCUACGCCUAUCCGCUCUUUAAUGCUAGGCCUCGGCUAUCAACUAGGCAACCUUGCAUCAUCAGCCUCAGCUACGAUAGAGACCACCAUCGGUUCUCGAUAUCCCCUGCCACCUCUUGCUAGCGGAACCGCUCGCUAUAAUUACGGGAAAGUCAUUGCCAUCUUUCUUGGCGCAGUAUGGGCAUACAUAUUCUUCUUCCUUCUUCUUGGGCCUGAGAUGAGCCAGGAAGGGCGCGAUACAGAAAAGGAUGAAGCUCUUCAGCUUGAGCAAUUAAUUCUUCAAGGUAUCUCACCGUCAGAGAUUGCAGCGAACAGAGAAUUCAUGGCCAAGUCAAAGCCAUUUGAUGAGGAAGAUCCUCAGGUUGUCAAAGAGACGCAUGAUAAGCACAUAGUUGAGCACAUCGAGUAA